AUGUCGGGUUUAAAUCAAGAAAGGACCCGCGGUUUUGUAAAUGGUGCCACGGCUAUUCUACAAGAAAAUUUUCAGCAUCAAUAUCCUACAAAUCCUUUUAUAAAGGCACAAUAUAUAACAGGAACCAAGACUUUUUAUUUUUGGUAUAAAAACGGUUUUCAAUAUCAAAUACCAGAUAACUAUAGUGUUGAAACUGAAGUUUCUGGAAUAAAAAUUCAGUGUGAAACAAAAUAUCAAUUAAAUGGAAAAGUAAGAUUUAUGGUAGCGUGGAAGGAAAAUAGAGUAGAAUGGAGUUUAUAUAGUGAUCGCUCUGCAACUAGUGUUAUUAGUACAUUUUUAAAGAAAAAUAAUCGUCCAAAUUCCAAUUUAUCCGGUAUAUAUAUUUUUGGCUUUGAUAUUGGACGAUUGCAUGAGUAUCGGUUGGAAAUAAUAGGCGCACCUAUAAUACUAGCUAAUAAAGUUAAUAAAAGAAAACAACCUUUAUCAACAAUUCAAUCUAUAUUAGGACAAAAUAAAAGAUUCACAUCUUUAG